AUGUUGCCGCCGAGCUCGAGAGCUUCCUCGGUGGACAGCGAUCACCAAGACGCCAUGGAUGACGUGCGCACCGCCCCUGUCUUCAAGGCUCUCUUUCCCUCCUUCAUGUCGGAGAACGUCUCGGACAUGAAGAUCACUUGCGGCGGCGGUGCCUACAGUGUCCAUAAAGUAGUUCUUUGCGGCCAGUCCCCAUUCUUCGACAAGGCUCUAGCCGGGAGUUUUCAACAAAGGGCCAAUGAAGCACUCAUCAAAACCAGCUCUAAUUCUUUCUCAAAGGGAGCAGCAACCGCCACCGUCGACCUCCCCGAAGACGAUCCGGACAUCCUCGAGAGAUUUCUGGAGUACCUCUACACCGGAAACUACGACGACAAAGUCCUGCCCAAACUGAGCACGCCGGCAAAUAUAGCUUUGAUGAACCAUGAAGAAAUAAUGGAGGAGCUGAGCCAUCCUCCUGGCGUCGUAUUACCGGUUCGUCCGCUCAAGGGGCCUCGCGAUUCAGAACCGAAACCGGGCGGAAGGGGGACGAAAUUGUCUGGAAGUGCCUUUGAUAGCGACGACGAUUCCGAUGACUCUGACUACCAAGAAGGCGACCAUGGCCGGAAACCGCCGGGCCCCGAAGACUGUUUUGAGACUGAAAACGAGGAGGAGUACGACAAGCUCUGUGUCGAGAUCGAACAGGACUGCGUCGCAAUCCAGGCCGUGGUCGAUGAGGACCAGGUGACCGACAGGAACGCCUUCAUCCGCCACCAGGCCGUCGUGCGCAAUGACCUCUUCCUGCACCUGCGGGUGUACGUCAUGGCUGAUAAGUUUGCCGUGCCGGCCCUCAAGCUCCUCGCGCGCAACCGCUUCUACCGCGCCGCAGAGCUAGCGUGGGAAGUGGCCGAAGAGUUCCACGCCGUCGUCGACGAGCUGUACACAAACACCCCCGAGACGGACGUCGACAUGCGCGGCAUCGUCUGCCGCCUCGUCGGGAACAACGUGUUCGACGACCGGGUGAUGGAGAGGCUGGAGCCGGUCAUGAGGAAGCACGGCGAUUUCGCCGUCGGCGUGCUCAAGCACUCCAUCGCUGAGCGCAGGGAGCGCUGGUGUUGA